AGCGGGAGGGGAGGAGUGGAGGGAAGCCCCUGUCAAGGAGGUGGAGCGAGAGGGUGGUGUCCGCCUCUCGAGCCUCCUGCCUUGAGCUAGCCGAGCCUGAGCCGGGACCGAGCACGCCGCCCGCGACCCACACAAAGCCCGGGGGGUCCACGCUGGCGCUGGAAGCGAGCCGCGGGCGAGCCCGGGGCGCGGCGGGAGCUGGGGCGCAGGGCUCCUAGCGGGACACCGGGCCGAGCGCGGGCCGCGAGCGCCUCCCCCGCGCCGGGGCCCGGGACGCCUCGGGCCCUUCGGGGCCGCGGCGGCUGCGGAGGGGACCGAGAUGAGGAGGGUGCCCUGAGCCCGGCGACUCCAGCCCUCCCUGCCCCCACCCGGCCGCCCUCGGCGCGUCCCUCCCCAUGUGCAGACGGCCGGCCAGGCGCUCCGGCUGGCGGCGGAUGGGUGACCUCUUCCUGGCCCGGGCGGGCUGUGCGGGGUGGCGGAGCCGGCGAUGAAGAAGAAGCAGCAGCAGCAGCAGCAGCAUCCCGGCGGCGGCGCGGAUCCCUGGCCCCAUGGGGCCCCGGUGGGGGGCGCCCCUCCGUGCCCCGGCAGCUGCAAGCGGCGGAUGCCGACGCUGCCUUUCCUGCGCUUCUCCCUCCGGGACUACGGCUUCUGCAUGGCGACCCUGCUAGUCUUCUGCCUGGGCUCCCUCUUCUACCAGCUCAGCGGGGGACCCCCUCGCUUCCUGCUCGACCUGCGGCAGUAUUUGGGAAAUUCCACGUACUUGGAUGACCAUGGACCACCUCCUAGUAAGGUCCUCCCCUUCCCCAGCCAGGUGGUGUACAACAGAGUCGGCAAGUGUGGGAGCCGCACUGUGGUCCUGCUCCUGAGGAUCUUGUCAGAGAAGCACGGCUUCAAUCUGGUCACGUCGGACAUUCACAACAAAACCAGGCUUACGAAGGCUGAACAAAUGGAACUGAUUAAGAAUAUAAGCACUGCAGAGCAGCCCUAUUUAUUCACGAGACAUGUUCACUUCCUCAACUUCUCAAGGUUUGGAGGAGACCAGCCCGUCUACAUCAACAUCAUUCGAGACCCCGUCAGUAGGUUUCUAUCCAACUAUUUCUUCCGCCGCUUUGGAGACUGGAGAGGGGAACAGAAUCACAUGAUCCGUACCCCCAGCAUGAGGCAGGAGGAGCGCUACCUGGACAUCAACGAGUGCAUCCUGGAAAACUACCCUGAGUGCUCCAACCCCAGGUUAUUCUACAUCAUUCCGUAUUUCUGCGGUCAGCACCCUAGAUGCAGGGAGCCUGGCGAGUGGGCGCUGGAGCGUGCCAAGCAGAACGUGAACGAGAACUUCCUGCUCGUGGGGAUUCUGGAGGAGCUGGAGGACGCGCUGCUCUUACUGGAAAGGUUCUUACCUCACUACUUCAAGGGCGUGCUCAGCAUCUACAAAGACCCCGAGCAUAGGAAACUUGGCAACAUGACUGUGACAGUGAAGAAGACUGUCCCCUCCCCUGAGGCCGUGCAGAUUCUCUACCAGAGGAUGCGAUACGAGUAUGAAUUCUACCACUAUGUCAGAGAGCAGUUUCACCUGCUCAAGCGAAAGCUCGGACUCAAGUCUCACACGAGCAGGCCUCCUCUGCGACCCCAGUUCUUCAUCCCCACCCCUCUGGAGACGGAGGAGCCAAUCGACGAUGAGGAGCAAGACGAUGAAAAGUGGCUAGAAGAUAUUUAUAAGAGGUGAUGCCAGCACCAGGUUGCCUCUGUGGCUUUAUCCCCAUUCCAGAAAGUUCUUUGGGGAAGAAAAAUUCUGAAGGGACUUUCCUUAAUGCUUGGGUGCAUUAAAAAGAACAGAACAUUCCCACAUGUUGGGGUCAUUGGGAGACGCCCGGUUUUGCGGGUUUUAUUUGUUUAAUUUUAUUUUGUGUGUGUUUUUUUUUCCUUGUGUCCUUGAGUCUUUCCCAAAUACUCUAGAUGGCUUCAGCACGAAGCACCUUUUCAUGAAAGAGCCUUCCCCAUCCCCUACCCACCUCUUACACUAAGAGAAGAAGUAUGUCUCCAAAAACUAUUACACCCACGGUAAAGAUAUCCAAAUUUGUAUCGUGCAGUAGAAACAACCACUUCAGAGAGGAGGAUCUAGGAGUAUCUAGGAGUAGAAGGAAGACAUAACACAAGAGGGAGGCUGGCACAUUCUACCCACAUGGGUAGAAUUCUCCCUCUAGUCCAUCUCAGGGGACACUGUCGCCAAGAGCAGAGUACUUAGCCUUGAAAGAACAGGACAGGUUCUGGCACCCAGCGUCCCAGCAGCUCUCCGGGAGCUUGUCAAGGUCAAAGGGCAUGUGUAAUAAGCUCCGUUGAGAUGCUCCAUUUCUUAGUAUCGCUCUGCUUGGAAGGAGCAGAGCUGGGAAAACGUUGGCUUGUUAUGUCCAGUGUUGGCAGAUCGAAAGCGAGGGCCUGGUGGCCUCAGGAGAAGGCCAUGGCCGUCUGAAACCUCUCGGUUCCCUGUGUUGUUGCACAUGGAAGCGGCAGAAACUAGUUGACCCUUGGGCUUGACACGAAUGGCAGGAAUCCUGAGCUUGACCGCACACCAGCACAAUCCCUGAGCACACUCGCAGCCAAAUGGGGCUUUACAGCAGUAUCAGUCAUCACUUCCAGACCUGCAAGAGCCGCUGUGAUUAGUGCGGAGGGUCCCAGCCUGCCCCAGCAGCAGAAUCACUUUUUAUAGAACCUGCUUGCUUUUAACAAGCGUUCCCAGGGACAUCGUGACAGAGACAUGGAUGCCACAGUGCCUGGACAGGACGCCGCUUGGCCAGCUUCUGAGUAAGUUGGUGCCCCCGUGUGAUCUCAGCAGACACUGGGCAAAUUUUUUUAACACCAGAUUAUCCCUUCUACUUCUCCCCUGCCAACUCCCCAUCAUCCACGAUGCUUCUCUUCCUUUGAUUUUUAAAUUGUGUCUAUCUUUUUUUUUUUUUUU